AGGAAGCUGGCUGGUUUAUCUGGGUGGGGUUUUCAGGGGGGUGGGACCAACCAAGCCGGCUAGUGUUUGAAAAUGAAUGGUGUGCUUCCUCAAGUAGUAGAAAGAGCCGGCGUAUUUGUGUGUGAAGCGGCGAAGAGAAGCCAGAGCAUAUCAGAGAGAGAGGGGUCGAUUCAAGAGACAAACAUUUAGUACACACAAGGAGAAGACUUGGUUUCCAGCCAUGCAAUGUGAGUAUCAGAGUUUUAUUUCUUAUUUUAUUCAUUUUUAUCUUCCACUCUCAGAGACUGAACCCAGUGGAAAAUUGCUUUUUGUAUGUUGCCUCAGUUCAUUCUCUAGGUUUUGUCUCAUAUUUCAAGUAUAUAUUUGUUUAACCAAAACCCAAAAUGUAUUUUUGGUUGUGAAUCAGUGUACCCUCCUCCUCUUGUUCAUGAUGAUCCAAAAUAUCUAGUUUAUAAAUUCAUAUAGAGGUGAAAAUUGUAGCUCAAACAUCCUCAUUACUAUAUGUGGAUAUCUGCUUGCCUGCAGAAGGGUGUAACCCAACCUGCAUAUCUGUGUGAAUUUGAGUUGCGUUCAAACCCUUAACCCCAGUUUCUUUUAAAUAUCUGCUUUAUCGUGAAAAUAUCUUAAACUGGAACAAAAAUGUGAAUCUUUCUGUGGUUUCUGUGGAUAGAGGAUGCUGUGGAUCACGCCCAGUCGUAAAACUGCUCAGCUGGUCAGAGGCAGCAGCAGCAGCCCCAUUGAGGAUGCAGAUUGUUCAAUGGGGAUGUAUUGAUUGAAUAAUAUGUAAUCUUGCGUUUGGGUUCAGACAGUGCAGACAGGGCUGUUAUCUUGGACGGGACAGGACAAUACAUGAGGCAGAAGCAGAGGGAGGGGUGAGGUUUUGUCUGCUCUGUUUGACAGGGGAUUAACCCAACUGAAGUUAGCAGGCAUGGUGGGUUUUACGUUGGGGAGGGUCCCUGCUGGUUUUGUUUUGAGUGUUCAUGCCUCAGGUUGAGGAUGGUGUUUUAAUGAAUAGGUCUUCUACAUUAAAAAAAAUGAUAUAACCACAAAGGUUUAAGUGUUGGAUCACUCCAACUGUUGAGUUUUCCCUUUCUGGAUUGCGCAGCUGUUGCACGGCUUGCUCUACAUUCAUAAUCCUCUCCUGAUAACAUAGACACAGAUGCAGUGAUGAUGUCAGUUUGCAGGCUGAUAAAUCAUCAGAUCAUUCAUCCUUAGCAUUAGCUUUAAUAACCUAUGAGGAGAAAGUACAAAAUGAAUGCAAGUGAGGAUGCAAAAAUUGCUUCCUCUUCCCCUCUAAGUAUUUACAUGUUCUAGCUUCUGCUGUUUUUCUCAUUGUUAUAUAAUCACCCACCAAAUAUCACCAGACUUUUUAUCAAACAAAACAAACCAAAAGAAGACAUCAACUUUUUUUACAUACUGUGUUUUCAUUUACAAAAAAUAACCCAUCGGCAGGCUGAUGGUCCAAGGUAAAAACAUGUUAGAGCUGUAUUUCAAAUAUAUGGUCCAAGUGGAUUUACCGGUUUCUGUAAAAUAAUCUUAACAGACCACUUGACAGACCUUUAGUUAACCUUUAUGGUGUUUUUCAUGUGGACAAAAGCCUUCACCAUUUACUAUCUAACCUAAGUGAUGAAGAUAAGAUUUUAAAGAGUCCUAUAAAAAAGCCAUUUGGUUGAUUUCACCUCACUGACAUGCUGGCUUCUCAGAUGUACUGUGCGUAUCUAUCUGUCUAUCUGUAGUGGGUCCAUCAAAUCUCUCGUUAAAAUCAAGGAAUGCUUCAAUUGGCUGCAAUCCAAACUAAACAGAUCGUAAUCCAGUUCCAGGUUCAGGGUACAGUUAGCAUCUAACGCAGGUACUUUUUAACUGGAGCAGUUUCAACACCAGUUUGUGGAAGAUACAAGUCGUUCGUAGAGUACUUUUAUCAAUACCCUUGAAAUUUUAGCUAUCAGUACAAGAUCUAUUUACAUGCAGCUGAAUUUCCCCAAGUGACUUUUGGUUUUAAUUUUAGUUGGUGGAAAGUUCAAGUCAGAAGAAAGUUCAUACUUAUCCCAUGGGUAAAUUUAGUAAGAUGGACAGCUGGUGAUAUUUGGAGGAGAGGCAAAACUGAAAGAGAUCAUGUAAGCUGGACAGUUUUAAUUUUUUGGUAAACAGCUUGGUAACCCCUGAUGACAAAUGGUGUUUUGGAGUAUUACUCACCACCUGACUAGAAGAGGGGGUUUCUGCACUGAAGAUAAACAAGAAGCAUGUGUCUCAAGUCUUCAUAUGUGAUCUAAAUGUGAAGAGCACAUGUGAUCACAGCUCAUCAAGCUAAAAUGGUCUGCUAAGAUUAAGGGGGGAUUCAUAAAGAGGAAAAGCCUCAGGGUAUUUUUUCAGUCUACAACCAUUCAGUUGGAGUGCACAUGUGAUUGAACCUUUUCUUCAGAUCAGUGUCACCCCUCACCCCACCAAACCCUUGACCCUAACAAUGACAACACCUGAAAGAAAGAAGGAAGAUCCCCACUUAAAUCGUACCCUCAGUUUCUUCCAUAUCUGCCCUCCUCCACCCUCAAACAAGCUCCCUUCAACACUGCUGGAAACCCACCUCCUCUCACAGCUGUGUCCUUGAGGAAUGUGCAGCUGCAAAGGACAGUAGAGGGGGGAAUAAGGUGGCAGCUUUCCGUGUGUGUGUGUGUGAGCAAAGAUGAGAUCACCCCCCGUGACGUAUCCUCUUGGCUGUAAGACCCUAAAACCUCCUGAGGAUGUGUUAACAGAAGUCUCCUUGGGGUCAGCUGGCUGCUCGCCACAUGACUGAAGAAGAAAAGUAGUAUUGAUUUUUUUUUUUUUUUUAACAGCAGGGGUGGCAUGUGGGGAUUGGGUCUUGUUAUUCCUCAGAGGAUGGUUUUCAAGGAAACUGUUGCCCAGCUGUUAUCACCAUUUCAGACUCACUUCCCCCUCAAUUGUACCUGUUUUCUCGUCAAAUAUCGGAGGUGUGGUUUCCCAGAUAUGCGUCAAACUCCACAGCCCUGAUGGAAAAUAUUUUCGCCCAUGCUCUCUGACCCCUUUGGAGCCUGUUUCUCUCCACUUUAACCCCUCGCCCAAUUGUCCCUGUGAGGCGGGUCAUGAUAGGCUGCUGCCACAAUAAGCAGACGAAGCCGUUGGUAUGUGUUUUCAGCCCUCUUAGAUAAACAGGCCGACAGCAGCAGCAGCAGCUCAGACCUGUGAUUUACCAAGCUAAAAGAGGGGCCUGGAUGAGGGGGAGUUGGAAGUUUACAUCAGACAGUGGAUGAGCGGUGAUGUCCUCUGGUUCAGAAGGCUCUGUUGUGUUUCCUGUGAUGAGGUAAUGGUAAAGGAAGCUUAGGAUUCCUCCUCUGACUCUUAAAAUGGAGCGGAUCACCUUUUAAACAGUGUAACAGCAGAAGACUGUCGCACCAUAUGACUCUUGUGUGUCCUCGUUGGCUGUUUUUUCAUCUCAAAAUUUGGUUUCAUAAUGUCAUUAGAUGCAUUUAUGUGGCUUUUUGUUGGAUUACAAAGGGGGUGGAGCCAUGGCAGCAUUGUAAAGAGCAUUUACUUUACUAAACACUACAUUUAGAGUGAGUGGAUCUGUAGCAGGUCUUUCCACUUUGACAGCCAACCUCCAUUUGCUUCUCAUGCUACUGCCACACAACCAAAGUUUGUCAGCGGACCAUUCAUGUAAAGACAAAGUUUGUAUAGCAGCUCAUAAAGGGGGAUCACAAGAGAAGAGUGACUGAACAUCAUGCUUAUCUUUUGAGGAAUUUCCUUUAGGCACAUUCGUUUUUUUUUUGUUCAUGGCAUCCUGUUCUCGUUCAGCCAAAUACACUCACUAAAUUACCUGUGUUGUCAUGUUAAAGUGCUUUAUAAAACAGCUAUUUGACCUCUGCUCAAGAGCUAAUGGCAAAAUGACAGACAAGACCAGUUGUGACUUAGUGGUGGAAAAGUGACAUGACCUGAUGUCAACAGCGCUGAGGUGUGAGUCUUGUGAGCGCUACAAGCAGCCGUCGAUGUCACGUUGGUGUUACUCGUUUGCAAGUAGAGCACAGAAAUCAGCUUUUUAAAAAUCUAUUUUAUAAGUACUAAAGUAACAUCUCAAAACCUGCCUGAAGCCUACUUCAAGAUAUUUGAUAAAUGUCAUUCCUUUUCAAAUGAAAUAAGACAUUUAUAUUCUGCAGUGUUGAAGGAUAACUCUUUGAGCUUACGUCAGCGGAAAGGACUUUAAAAUCCCCCUGGCUGAUAGUAAUCCAUCAGUCAGUGAGUGUACAAUGACUGAAUAAACUUAAUAUCUAAAAAAGUCCUGUCACUACUUUCUUCCCAGUGACUGCGUGUGAGCCCGGUGCCAUGACUGAAGCCGUGGUGAUGGAGCCACAGAGGGCCAGCGGCCUCCUGGAGUCGUCCUGUGGCGCAGGGAGCAGCGCAGCCUCCCUUGAUGACGGCAUCGUGGAUACAGCAAAGUAAGUUUACACAAAGACAAACCUGACAACCCUCACUGUAGAGUCUACAGAGGUUUGGUUUUCAGAUUUAGUUUCAUAGACUGACACUGGGAGUAAUGAGAGGACUUUGUACCUCCAAAAUGAUAUUAAAAUUGACUAGCUUUAGAACUGAAAUCUGACAUUUAAAUAAAAUUUAACCUUUGGUGAGUCUCAUCAAGCCAAAAAGUUUAUUCUCACAUAUGAAGUACUACUGAGAAACUGCAGGAUGUAGAUGGCAGCUAAGUUUACUACCCAGGUAAGGGGCCUGGAGCUCUGAGGUUUGCUCAGAGUAUGUACUUAUCUAGAUUUACGUUCCUGUUAGUGUGUGCAUAAUGUGUGGUUACUGUCUCCUCUAAGCUUUAAUUUAAAGCACUAAUAAUGUUAUCUUAAUUUUAAAACUAUAACUAUAGGUGUUUUCACGAUUUACAGUGAAGAUGAAGCAAUGAUUUAUAGUUUCAGGAUGUGAAGGUGUGUCAUGGCCCCAUUUUUCCUCAGGGACAGUCGGGGUGCUGUCACUUUGGGAAACCACCACCCUGCCUGGGUUAAUUGAUGUUUUUUUUCCUUUACUUCUUCUUCAGUGAGUCUUCAGAGGAGGAGUCCGCAGGGGAAAGGGAAGAGGAGAUCGGUGUACAAGAUGAUGUCAACAGAGGCACCAUGACUACAGAGGUCCUUGCUGAACAAACCUCAAACACACAAACAGGUGAGGGGAGUCUGAAGUCUGUCUGGCUCUUUUGUAAACCCUCAAACUUUUAAGAAUGAUCCAGCCAGAUUGAUAAAAAAUAAACUGAUGCUCUGGAACAACUGGGCUUUAUGAGUGUUGGCUCAAGUCGCUGUGGUCAGCAUUACCAAGCAUCAUUUUCUGUCUCCUUCCUGAGGAAGUGAGGUUAACGGGGGUGCACACAUUCUUUGGCAGAACAAACUUGAAUUUCCUUUCCUGUCUUCAGCCUCUGCUUUGGAAUUCCUUCCUGUACCCGUCAGUGCGGGAAAACAGCACAAAGUCUUCUUUUCCAUGAUGUUCGUCUACAUAAUGAACAAUUUCUCUUUCAAUUUAAAACAAAGCUGACAUAAUCUGUAAUAGAUCAAGUGAUUUAAAGGUUUCUGUGCAUCAUGAUCAUCGAGUCAGAGAAGCAGUUAUUUUUCUAGAUUACCUUGCUGGUUGAGAUUGUUUUUAAUUAAAAUGUCGCCACCCUGGGCUCUCAUCUACUCAGUGUCCUGACAACCAGCUGUUUCCAUUUGCGUUUGGUUGUAAAUCCACUCUCAUUUAGUUCCUCUGUCCACAUUAUGACUCCAUUGUAAAUCACAAACAUCCUGCUUGAAUUCAGGUCACCGGCACACUGUUGCCUUUGCAUUGUCGCUCUCCCCUGUUUAUAUCAACACAUAAAAUACUACCCACUCUUCAUUAAGGCUUUAUUGUGGUAGCUCAGGCCAUCUGUUAUACUGCUUAGGACAACAAGUCAUUAUUGAAGCAUGUAAAUGCAGGAGCAUGGCUAGAAACUGUGUGACACGUGAUUCAGUUCUGUAUUCUUUUCGAUGUCCUCCAGUGAAAGCCGAGCGCCCAAACUCCCUGUCAGUGCCGGCAGCCGGAGCGUCCAGCAUGUGGACGUCUCAGGGUGACGCAGAGGUGAAACUGCGGAUAGGGGACUCUGGUCUGGCUGCUGAAACCCCUUUGACUAUCAACCAGGUGUUCACCUCAGCUGUAGAGCGCUUCGGCGACUUCACAGCUCUGAGCUGGAAGGAAGGUGAGCAGCAGAAGAUCCUCAACUACAGAGAAUACUACCAAACCUGCCGCACUGCUGCCAAGAGCUUCCUCAAGGUGAGUUUCAUCAGUAAUGUGUGUAAGGGUCAGAGCCUUGUGUCACAAUCCUAGCAUAUAAGCAGUCCCAAAGCACCAAAACCAAGAGCUACAAAUGAUUAAAAUUGAUUUUUCAUCUCUAAUUUUGUUUUGAUUUUACAGCUUUUGUUUAGAGUGAUCAUUCUUUAGAUUUCUUCUUUUGAUGCCUGUUUAGAUGACAGCGAGACAAAGAAAUAAAACACCUAGAUAUACACUUUCACAGUUUUGUCAUAUUUAAAAGCAUUAUGGCAGUUUUUUACAGUAUACUCUGUGAUCAUAGUCGUUUGUAUUUGGGAAUAAGUUUUAAGAGUAGUAGUCAGAUGAAACCCCACAAUAAUCUGUGAAUCUAUGACUCUGCAUGGAAAUAGAAGUCUCUUUCUAAGUCUGUCCUUGUUUUGUUUACACGUUCAGAUUUAUUUGGAUUAAAAAUAAGACCUGGCAAAAUGGAAAUUUUUAAAAGGUGUGCCGUUGCACAAGUGGAGGAAUUCCUCAUGAUGAAUAUACAAAAGUUGCCAAUUGCACAACUCCUUAAAAUUAAGGAGUGAAGGAAGCACUUUGAUUUUUAUGAACCAUAAAUACUUGUUUUCUUCCUCGUCUAAAAGGGUACGAUUUUACACAAUAUAGCCAAUAUUUUAGAGUUACCUUAUUAUAUAAAAUCUUAUUAUUCUUAUUUUUUUAUUUUUUUAUUUUUUUUGCCAAGCAGAGCUCAGCCCGAAGAAAUCAAUCUGCAGACUUGAGUGAGGCAGCUUCAGACAGGCGUAGGCUGUUUGCACAGGAUAGAGCAGGCUAUUGUUUAUUGUGAAAACCUGCACAGUUACUCAGUAGGGGUCAUGUACACACUUUUACAACCCCGUACAUGAGAAAUCAUGCCUUCACAUGUCUCUCUGUACUUACACAUACAAACUAAACUGAACCUGAACCUUUUCCAUCUGGAGUCGAGCGACAAGUGUUCAACCACAUAUUACAUUCCAGUUACUGUAGGAAGUUAUUUAGAAAGCUUACUGCAUUGCUGAGCUCAGUAUCGCUUUCUAUUAUGAUAGUUUUGUGUAUACUUAGCUGAAUACCUCUCUCUAUGGUAACAGCUUCUGUGGUGAUACGCUCCAAGCAACUGUGAGCUCUGAUCUCUGUGCGAAUCAGCAGAUCUGUUCCAGUCUGCCUCUGAAUGUUUCAGGACUGAAGUCGAGCUCUGUUUGACGCUCGCCUCCGGACAUGUUUUUAAAAUGAACUCUUAAAGACUUUUAAAAUAAAGGAUUGUUGUUUCUUAACUUAUACUUCAUAUUUGGUCCUCAAUAUAAAAGUAGUAUCAACAAUGUAUAUUUAUUCAAACUGUUGUUAAAAACGGCUUCAACUGAUUAUUUGAUAAAAACGAUAAAAACUGGACGAAUUGAAUUGAAUUUACAACAUCCUAGCAAGAUGAUGAAGUGGGAAUUGAAAAGCUUGAAAGAUCUCAUCUAUGUUUUGUCUUCAUGCAGCUGGGUUUGGAGCGUUACCACGGCGUUGGCAUCUUGGGCUUCAACUCUGCUGAGUGGUUCAUCUCUGAUAUCGCAGCCAUUUUGGCAGGGUGAGUUUACGCCUUCAUCCACAGUGUUUGUGAGUUUCUGCUCAAAUUAAUAUGCAGCUUGGUGUUUCCUCAUUGGCAGCUCUGUUACCCUUUGUUCGUCACCUGAGCUGGUUAAUCCAAGGCCGGAAACAUAACAGGGCUGGAUGUCAUCGAGUUCAGCAUGUUGUCUUUUGAGCGAUUAUAGAAAUAUGCUGAAGAGGAAGCUGAUGAACGACAGCACUUUAUGUGUUUAGUACUCCUUUGCCUUUAUGUGUGAUCUGUUUAAUACAGGGUUCCUACACAAGUAUGGAAAACUAUGGAAAUAAAUUUGAUCAAUUUCCAGGUCUGGAAAAGUAUGGAAGAUGAAAAAUAAAGUGUAGAAAAAUAUUUAUGUUUCCAGACAAAAACCACAGUUAAAAAAAAAACGUUUUCUAAAAUAGAAAAGAAGGUAUUUCCAAAAAUAAUUCUAAAAAUUAGGGUAUGGAAAAGUAAAGAAAUUCCAACUGUGUAGGAACCCUUCUUAGACUCGGCACAUGUUUCAAGUUCUUCCAUCUGCCAUGAUAACAUGUGCACAGAUCAUGCAGCAGUCAUCAUACAGCCUCUGUUCUGCAGUGCAUGCAUGAUCAGGCUGCAUGAAAAUCCAUAUUCAUUCUGCAAAAACCAAAACAUCGCUGAAUUAAGCACAAAACCCACCGAUUGGUCAAGCUCGGGCUGAUAGUCUCAGCUGAGCCUGUUACAUCACUAAACACCCAUUAUGUUGCAUUUUCACACAGCGAUUAUGUAGACAUCCUGUGUUUAGCGCAGUUCUUGAAAGGCCGAUCUUAGGGGGGUAAAGGAUACAAAGGAACAGUACGUGAUUUUCACACAGGCAUGUACUGUUUGCAGAUUCUCCCACGCCUGCUCUCUGCUCCGCACUGAUGCUUGACGAUAAGAAUGUUUUGAAACUACCGCUGACUUGUCAAACUGGUCCUGAUGAGCCGAAUCACAGGUUCAGGUUAUUAACACGGUGAUGGCACGUUUUCUGCAGAUGAUGAGCAGGACGAAAUCUAUCUGGUUCAAGUUUUUCUUGUCUCACGCGCCACUGGCUGUGUGAGGUUUUCUAUAUAAACAAUACUUCUAGGUCAGGGAGAUCUUAUAGUCCCAGAGAUUAGAGAAGAUAUGUCAAAUAUUGAGAGCAGAGAUGCUUUGAUACAUCAGGUUUUACAUUCAGAGGAUUUUUUUAAGUGUCACAAGUGCGUCAGAUCAGAUCAAACAAGUCAGGCAGAACCUCCUCAAAGAGAAGAAGUCUAACUUAUCCUCCGUCUUCUGCAGUGGGUUUGCUGUGGGCAUCUACACCACCAACUCUCCAGAGGCCUGCCAGUAUGUAGCAGACAACUGCCAGGCCAAUAUCAUCGUGGUGGAGAAUCACAAACAGCUGCAGAAGAUCCUCCAGGUGAGAACAAAACUGCGUCAAAUACCGUAGAUAACUAUGAUAGAAGAUGAAGAUUGACUGAGUGAAUGAAGUACGUGUGCGUCUUUGAAGUAUCUGUGAAGUUCAUUGUGUUGACGAUCACAUUUUUCACUGACAUCCUCAUUGAAAGGUGCGAAUGUCCUCUUUGUCACUUACAUUAAAAUCUGAUGGCUGGGUGUGCCUGUGUCACAGAGUUUUUAUUUUAGGACUGGCUCUCCUCUUUUUGAGUUUGUUGUUUGCAAGUCACGUUUUCACGACACUCUGUUUUGUUGUUGUUCUCAGGUCGAAGACAAGCUGCCUCACUUGAAAGCAAUCGUUCAGUACAAAGAUGCACUUAAAGAGAAGAGACCAAAUUUGUACAGCGUAAGCUCACAUGUUCAUGUCAAACAAAACUAGUGUUACAUAGAUCGAGGAUUUUCUCCUCUAAGUGUUUCUGUUUUUCGCAUCACAGUGGGCCGAAUUCAUGGAGCUCGGACGGGACGAGCCCGACACGCAGCUCGACGCCAUCAUCGCCAGCCAGAGGCCAAACCAAUGCUGCACACUCAUCUACACCUCAGGGACCACAGGACAGCCUAAGGGAGUCAUGCUCAGCCAUGACAACGUGAGUUGCAAGAGCAGAGCGUGUUUGUGUAUCUCUGAGAGCGGUGCGCUGUCACAUGUCCGAAUGCACACUCCUGUUGUGCGAUAAAAGAGCGGCGCAGAUGCUGCUGACAGCACAAAAGAUUGACCCAAUUGUUCGACAGGUUUGUGCAUUCUUUCGACAUGAGUCAGCAAAACAUCUCAGGGAUGUUAAAGACCUCACCUUUGUGUUGUCGAGCUGUAAACCUGUUAAACCAUAAACCCGUAACUUUACAUGACGCAGACUGGCUCAAACUAUUUGUUCUCAGCACGUAUUUUAUUAUAACCGAAGUUCACAUCCAGAGGUAUAAAACGCCACACUGAUACAAACCCACUCUUGUUUGUGUGUUUUUGUCGUCCCUUUGAAAAAAACACAUCUCUCUGUUUCCUUCCACACAUGAACUAAUUAACUUACACCCCUCCUGGCUCUUAGGUAACAUGGACUGCGCUCGCCACCUGCCGUCACGUGCGCCUGGCAGACGCCACACAGACUCAAGAGUCAGUGGUCAGCUACCUGCCGCUCAGCCACAUCGCCGCUCAGAUGGUCGACAUCUGGUGCACCAUGAAGGUGGGAGGGGCGACGUACUUCGCUCAGCCGGAUGCACUGAAGGUGAGAAACAACAUCUCUGUUCAUAUGGGACAAAAACAGAGAGAAAAGAGUUUUUAUCAAAGAAAGUGGAAAGACAUUUGAAGAAAUUAGCACUAAAAGAAAAUCAGUCCGUGGUUAGAUUAACUUAAGAUGCUAUGAAUAUAAUAAUACAUACACUAAAGAUUGUAACAGCCCUGUUCAUGUUGAGAAAACCAUCAAAUGACAAAACCAGGACAAAAACAAAGUGAGGAAGAGAUCGAAAACCAAACAUGAAGAGCAAAAGUUUCUAAAAAGCCAAAUAAAUUUAACAACAACAAAAAUGAUAGAAAUAUCCUCCCAAAGAGACAACCUGAGAAAUGAUAUUAGCCAUAGAUUUUUUUUUUGAAUACAUAAAAGUCAGUUUCUUCUUCUUUAAAAUCAAUCUGAGGGUUUUGUCAUACAUGAAAACCGGUAAUAUUCUGUGGGCUGUAAGUAAAUGUGCCUGUUGUCAUCGCUCAUCUCCACUGAUCAUGUGCAUCUUCCAUAAUGUGUCCUUUCAUGGGGAUUGUGAGAUUCUCUCUGCUGUAUAAAAACACGUCUGUCAUGCUGCUCGUGAUUUCUUGGAGGUUUUUUAAGAAAUCCAUUAUCAUCUUUAUCGCUGCUACAUGUGCAGAAACACAUCAAGUUAAAUUUGUAAUUCAUUUGGACAGGGCAGAUAACCAUGUCCUCCAUUUAAAGUUAAAGGAUAUCCUGAGGGUAGAUGAAUGAAAACGAUUCCUUUCUUCAUGUUUUUUUUUCCAAUACGUCCUCAUGUCAUGUGGACUACAAAGUGCGUGUGAUAUUUGUGUUUAAUGCUCUUUUUUUUAACCAGGGCUCUCUGGUCAACACUCUGAAGGAGGUUCGGCCCACAGCCUUCAUGGGCGUCCCACGUGUUUGGGAGAAGAUGCAGGAGAAGAUGAAGUCUGUCGGAGCGAAGUCUUCCACUGUGCGCAGGAAGGUGGCAGCGUGGGCCAAAGAUGUCGGUCUGCAGACAAACCUGACAAAGAUGAAUCAGUACGUGCUUGUAAUGAUGAAAUGACAGCUGCAUGAAGACAUGUCUACUUCACAAACACUCAUUUGAUAUUUUUUUUCUCUGUCUCUCCAGAAGUGGAGCAGCUGGCCGCACACCAUUGAGUUAUCAAAUCGCCAAAAAGCUUGUAUUUAAGAAGGUACGUAAAGCACUUGGCCUGGACCGCUGCAACAAGUGCUACACAGGAGCUGCUCCCAUCACCAAAGACACACUGGAGUUCUUCCUCAGCCUGGAUAUCCCUCUGUACGAGCUGUACGGCAUGAGCGAGAGCACCGGACCUCACACCAUCUCCGUCCCUGAGGCCUUCAAGAUCACCAGGUUCGAUUUUGACGUCUAAAUAAUACUAUUUAUUAUGUGUAAAAAAGAAUAUAUAUCUUUCAUACAUACUUUUAUUUAUUGUUUUUUAUUCCACUACCACUCUACCUCCAGGAAGUGCAAUAUUACUCACCAUGCUGUUAUUUUACCCUUAGUUUUUAUCGUUCUUAUUUUUUUCUGUAUAUUAAACACCAUCAUGCUGUGAUAUGGAAGCCAAGCAACAACAUUUCGUUAAGUCUAAGUCUAAGUCUAGAGGAUUUGACUCUGACUUUCCUUCCAUUUACUACUCCAUGCAGAGUUUGUGAAUUAAAUCAAAUGUUGAUUCGUCCUGCAGUUGCGGUAAAGAGAUGCCAGGAUGCAAAACAAAGCUGCACAACCCAGAUGAGGAAGGGAACGGUGAAAUCUGCUUCUGGGGACGUCACAUCUUCAUGGGGUACCUCAACAUGCCCGACAAGACAGAGGAGGCUCUGGAUGCAGAGGGAUGGCUGCACUCGGGAGACCUGGGCAAACAUGAUCAGAACGGAUUUCUCUUCAUCACUGGAAGAAUCAAAGGUAUUCCGUCUUUACACCAUAAAGAGAUCGAUAGAUACCACUCCGACUUUUGUGUCUGUCACUGACCUUUCGUUCCUGUGCUGAAUUUUCAGAGCUCAUCAUCACAGCGGGAGGAGAAAAUAUCCCUCCUGUCCCGAUUGAGGACGCAGUGAAGGAGGCCGUGCCGCUGAUUAGUAACGCCAUGCUGAUCGGAGACAAGAGGAAGUUUCUAUCUAUGCUGCUCACCAUUAAGGUAAGCUUUAAGGAAACGCAAACCUGAACUAUGGCCCAUAUAUGCAUCAAACUCUGAGGACGAUAUGAAAGUCAUGAAAACAGGUUUAUGCAAACAGGGUUUUUAUUAGAUUUAUAUAAGACCUCUGAAUAGUAAGUCCCAACCAUGGAGGAACCGGAUCACAUGCAUUCCUGGAGUUUGCAUAGAUAGAAACAGCCUGAAACAUCAGCGUGCAUGUUGUAACAUCUCAUACAAAACACUAUGUACUGUUUGGAUUUCUUAUCACUGAUCACUGGCAGCUGUAGUAGAACUUCAAAACUGUACACGUGAGGUACAAAGUCUUUUCUAAAAAUAAGUUUUUGUGUUAAUGUACCAAGAAAUGAGAAUUUCAGUCAAGAUUGAAGUGUAAGCACUGAUGUCUGAAGUAUUUUUAUUCAAUCAGAAAAAGUUCAAAUUAUCUUAUUAUGGCAUCUAAAACAGGAGGAUAAUUUCUUGUUAUAUUUUACUCCUCGCUGACAGUCACUGAUAUCUUUGGGUUGUGAACAAAAUAAGAUAUUAGAGAGUGUUAUCUUUGGCUUUGAGAACAGCUGCUACCUUUUCUUUUACUAUAACCUGAUACUUUGUCAAUCCAAACAACAGCUAUCAACAAAGAAAAAGAAAUGCACGACUGUUGAAUCCUUUGAGUAGUUGUAGCCCUAAUCAUAGUGUAAGAUAUGAACAAGGGAAAAUAACGUGUCGAUAACACCACUUAUGAAAGGCAGUCAAAGUAAGUGGUAUCAGAUAGAGACAUAAAAAUUUAUCUUGUUGGCAGCUCUGUAUCUUGAUAGAUAUUUUAAAGCACGUCCUUAUCAUCACAACUUGUAUCUAAUCUCAGACAGAGCCAAUAAACUGUAUCUGUCUGAGCAGAUAGCUUUGUGAAGAGGAGCAGCAGACGCUUGCAGAGUAUUUCAUUUCAGGUGCUGCCAUCUAGUGGGCUUUGAGGAAACUGUAAGAUAGUGCAUAUAAGAAAACAUGUUUAGAUACUGAUGUUUAGCACCGCAAAGACAAGAGUGUUUACAUUUGAGCCCGUUUAAUCAAACCUUAAAAUGUCUUUUUUUUUUCUGUCCAGUGCCAGGUAAAUGGAGACACAGGAGACCCAGAGGACGAGCUGACACCUGAAGCUGUGGAAUUAUGCAAGAAGCUCGGCAGCAGCGCCACACGCGUCUCUGAGAUCGCAGGUGGUCGGGACCGGGCGAUCCAUGCCGCCAUUCAAGAGGGAAUCAACCGAGUCAACGAGAAGGCCAACUCCAACGCUCAGCGCAUCCAGAAGUGGGUCAUUCUGGAUCAGGAUUUCUCCGUUUCAGGAGGAGAGCUGGGUGAGUGUUGAUCAGAUAGUGGAUAAGUGUAGUUUCACAUGACUGUAACUUCUUUUUAUGAAAUUUUAGCCUUUUAAAGUUUCUGAUUCACAAGCUGAAACUCUUCCUUAGUUUCUUUUUCUGUCUUUGGAGCUCAAGAGAAAUAGUGAUCACGUAUUACAGAGGUUUAUUUGUAAAGUUUUGAAGCUGGAGUGAAAAUUUAACGGGACAGAAAAUAAUCAAUGAUCAAUGAUCUUCUCGGUCCCUUUAUUGCUCCCUGUGUUGCUCUGCUCUUUAAACCUUCCUUCAUAUUCGUCUGAUUUGUCGUCCCACAGGCCCGACCAUGAAGCUGAAGCGUCCGGUGGUUGCAAAGAUGUACAAAGAGCAGAUUGAGAACUUCUACAAGGAGCUGGCCACUCCCACCACUCCCACCACCCCUGACAAUCCUCUGCCUCCCAAAUAAACCUGCCGCUCCUCCACUCGCAGGGAGAACCAAGACUGUCUGAGCCGAUAAGACGGACACACACCACCUCAUGCUUCCCACCUCCUCCCUCCCUCUCUCUCUCUCUCUCCCUCUCUCUGCUGUGUUUGCUUUUGUAAAAAUGUUUGAUUUCCUUUUACUUUUGCUCGUCCUGUCCGAGUUUACAUUUGCAGGUGCUCUAAGAAAAGGAAAGCAAACAUGAAGCCAUCGUGAGGACUAGAUCAAUAAGCUAAAUUAACAUCAACUAUUUACCUGGUUGAACAGUAAUGUCGGAUAGAUGAAGUUGUACCAGCUGUUUGUAAGAAAAGUUGUUUAUUGCACUGAAUUACUUGAGAUAAACAGAAUCCCAAAAAGUUCAUAGGACGUUUUUAAAGGAGUAAUUUGUGUUUUUGAACUUGUUUUUCUUAAUUUAUUUUCAGUUUGCCAAAGUUUACGCGGGCCAAAUGAGCUUCAAAUGAAGAAACAUUUCUAAAGCAGGCUUCUGAUGAAAUUCAGCGAUCAUAUCUUAAGGUUAUUUUUUUACGUGUAUUUGGUGGUUUUUGAUUGUCGUUGUUAUAAAAUAAGCAUUUAUUCUAUCCAUGUGUUAAAAGUCAAAGGUUUUCUGCAAAUAUACUCGAGCUGCAGGGCCUUACAUUACAAAUGUUGGUAUAUAAGAAUCCAAACUUUGUCUUUCCAUGCUGUCGUUGAAGCCAUACUUUGCCUUUUGUAAAUGUUAAGUCCCACUCGCUGCAGCCUGCACACCUGUCCCUGUUUGUGUGUGUGCGUGUGUGUGUAAUAUUGUAAAUAUGUUUAGCCUACAUCAUCAUCUUUUACUUGUCUCUAUUUAAGCCUCUUGUACGGGUGAAUUUCUCCCAGAUAUCAUUAAUUCAAAUCUUUUAUUGCACUCAAACCUCGAGGGGGAAAAAGAAUUAGAGCAGGAAAUGUACAUAAAUCAGUUUAAAUGUAGGGUUCACAGCGAAACGUACAAACUGCAUUAGAGUUGUUUUAUCGCUCUGUUUCCAUCUGUGCUGCAGUCAAAAGAACCAACCUUGUAUAUGAAGUAAUUGUAAAUUUUUAAAGCAUAUUGUAGGGGUUUGUAGCACUCUGGUAGCCUAAAGUGAAGGCAAAGCGGUUGCAGUUCACUGAAGUUCAGGGUAAAACAAAACAGAAGAUUCAAAGUGUGUUUGUUAAAGUGAUGAAAUGAGGAAAUGAUGGUGAUUCAGAGGGUCAGGGCGAGUGAGUUUAUCACUGUCUCCAAACCAUGCAGAUGAAUAAAAACUGAUGUUGUCCCUCCUGACAGUGAAAUAGCUUUUAAAAAGUGACAUUAAAAUGCAACUUGUCUGUACCUGUGAAACUCCAAACUCACAAAACCCUGACUUGAAACUGGAUUCACCUGACCCCAUUCAGCUGUUUGUCAUUUGUUGUGAAUAAUAUCAGGGUUCAAUACAACGGAAAUAUGCAUGAAGCAGGCCUGUGAAUAUUUGUGUAUUUGAUCAGUUACGGAAUAAAAGUUGAUUAAUCUGA